AUGGAAGAGGGAAAUCACUCGGUGGUGACUGAGUUCAUUCUCUCAGGUCUGACAGAUCGUCCACAGCUGCAGGUCCCUCUGUUUGUAUUGUUCCUACUGAUUUAUGUUACCACCCUGGUCUGGAACGGGGGGAUGAUCUUAUUAAUCACCAUUGACCCACAACUCCACACCCCCAUGUACUUUUUCCUCAGAAAUUUGUCUUUCUGUGAUCUCUGCUGUUCCACAGUAAUAGCCCCCAAGAUGCUGCAGAAUUUCUUGGCUGAGCAGAAAAGCAUUUCUUACACUGCCUGCGCUGCACAAAUGUAUUUCUUUUUCUCUUUUGAAGAUAUUGAGUGUGUCUUGCUGGCUGUGAUGGCGUAUGACCGUUAUGUGGCCAUCUGUAACCCCCUGCAGUAUAGGGUCACCAUGUCCACGCAGCGUUGUCACCUGCUGGUGGCUUUGUGCUAUGCUGUGGGGAUUGUGGAUUCAAUGAUACAAACAUGUUUUACAUUCCGGCUCUCAUUCUGCCAUUCCAACAUCAUCAACCAUUUCUUCUGUGACAUGCCCCCGCUGCUGGCGCUCUCCUGCUCUGACACUAGCAUCAGUGAGAUUUUGUUAUUUGCUUUGAGUGGCUUCAUUUUAGUGGGAAGCAUUGUGACUGUCCUUCUCUCCUACAUCUAUAUCAUUGCCACAACCUUGAAGAUCCGCUCUGCCGAGGGCCGGCGCAAAGCCUUCUCCACCUGCGCUUUCCACUUGAUCGCAGUGGGCAUGUUUCAUGGGUCUGAACUCUUCAUGUAUUUACGGCCCCCCUCCAGCUAUUCCUUGGACACGGACAAAAUAGCCUCAGUUUUUUACACUGUGCUGAUCCCCUUGUUGAAUCCCCUCAUCUACAGCCUGAGGAACACAGAGGUGCAGGGCGCCUUGAGGAAAGUCAUCAAUAAACUCCUAACCAAGUCUUGA